AUGGCUGCUUCGGAGCUGGAUGAUGCUGAGGUGAGGAAAAGAGCAGCGACAGUGGUGGAUGGUCUGCCUACCGAUCCAACGAAACUGAAGAAGGGUAGAAUGGAAAUUGGGAAGGAUGGGAGUGGGGAUGCUACGCCCCUGCCAUAUGAUCCUAUGAAGAUUGACAACAAGGCAGGGUCGCGGGUGAUGAUAAAGGUGGUGGCAAAGUAG